AUAGACACCAGAGAUGAAGAACCUCAGGACUUGUGUCCAGAUUCAGUCAGACAGUACUUUAACAAUAAAAGAAUAAAAAAUCCAAUGUAAUCGGAGAUGAAGAGGAAGCUAUGUCUGCCAUAAAUAAUCAAGUGCAGGUCUCAUGUAUGCACAGCAUCAAGACUGAACCCAGGUCUGUAACUGAUCUACAAGAAGACCUAAAGGAUAAUGUAAUGCUUAAGACAGAAAGCACAUUUUGUUCUGAAACAGAUAUGACAUAUUGCUCACCAAUUAGCUGUAUGCAGCUUGAAAACAUGUCUGCUCCAGCUUACAUAAAACAUGAGCAUGCUUGGCAUAUUCCUGAAUCAAACUGUAAACGUGAGGAUGCUGUAAAAUUGGAGCUUAAUCCACAAGGUGCCAUUUAUUGUAUUAAAACUGAGCAAGUUCCUGAUGAAGAACUUUAUCCCAUAAAAGCCAAGAGUGCUGCACACAUUGAGCAGUCAGAUUGCAGUCGUCAGAAUGCUGUGAAAGUGGAGUACCACUGCCAAGAUGUCACCUGUUCAAUUAAGUCUGAGCACGAUCUUGUGAAGUGUGCAAAGUCAGAAGAGCAGCUUGUAUUUAAGCAAGAAGAACAAGAUGAUAGUCAUAUUGUGAAGACUGAGACAGGGUGGCCUGGUCCGCAUGCAAUUUGGCAAAAUAACAUUGAUGAGAAUAGUCUAGAAAUGAGUGUUGCUAGAUGCAUAACUCCUGAGGUGAAAGAAAAUCAACAUCAGACUCAUCCAACUUUUACAGAAGUCACCAUUAAUACAUCAACAGAAAUCCACAAGAAACAAAUGAUGAUCCACUAUGAUUUGAAAGCUUACAAUUGUACUCCAUGUAGCGUUGUGUUAGAAAGAAUAGAUACUUUACAACAGCACAAGGAAACUAACAGUAAUAAGAGAUCUCACCACAAUGAUGAGAGACCUCACAAGUGUAAUGUCUGUCAUGUAGCUUUCACAAAAUCAUGUUACUUAAAACAGCACAUGGUGACUCACAGUGACUUGAAACCUCACCAGUGUAGCAUAUGUUCUAGUGCUUUUAAGUUGUCAGUUUAUUUAAAAAAGCAUAUGUCUAUUCACAGGGACGAGAAACCUCAAGAGUGUACUGUCUGUCAUAAAGCUUUCAAAAGAUUAGAUGCCGUAAAAGUGCACAUGGUCAGCCACAAUAAUGUUAGACCUUACCAGUGCACUAUAUGUAAUAAUGCUUUUAAGUUACCCGGUCAUUUAAAACAACACAUGGUGACCCAUAGUGAUGUGAAACCUUACCUGUGCCGCAUAUGUAGGAAAACAUUUAGGUGGUCAUCUCAUUUGACAAGGCACAUGCUUACCCACAAGGAUGUGACUUCACCAGUGCCAUUCUGAGUAGAGCUAGUUCCAAGCAGACGGCGGUAUUAAACACAGCAUGAUAAUUAACAGGGAUGUGAAAUCUCAUUAAUGCAGUGUAUGUGAACAACCACGCGGUAUGCUAUCGAUGAGAGACCUUAUGAGUAAUGUAUGUAAGCUUUUAUUUUGAGGUUCCCUGCCCAUUUAAAACAAUGCAGUCUUAUAUAAGUCUCUUAAAGCAAAAAACAAAAUACAGUAUCCAUCCUCCUCUUUGGAAUUUGUAGCCUUCUUCUUUUAUAGUCUUUGCUGAAGCUAUGACCCUUAAUCUUAAAUCUGGGCAUGAUUUUGAGUCUUCUCUUGUUUGUGUCUUCUUAUAGUCUAUGCAUGUGCAUAAUCAAAUGUGUGUAAAAUUGUCUUCAACAGAUUAUCUCAUAUGAAGAGCACAAGCAGCCUCACAGUGAUGAGAAGCCUUUGUGCAUUGUGUGUAAAAUUCCUUUUAAGUCCCUAUCUGGUUUUAAAAGACACAUGCUGAUCCAUAGUAAAGUAGAAUCUCACCAGUCCUGUGUGUGUAAAGCUGCCUUAAAAUCAUCUCACUGUUUGAAACAGCACAUGGAGGUUCGCAGUGAUGCAAAAUCUCACCAGUGCAAUGUUUGUAAUGUUACCUUCAAAAGAUUAUUCUAUAUGAAACGGCACAUGCAAAACCAUGGUAAUGAAGAAAUCUCAACAGUCGAGUGUGUGUAAGUCUUUAUUUACUUUGAAAAUGCACUCUUAUCUUUAGUGAUGUUACACCUUACAUGUGCAAUGUGUGAAAAACUAGUUUAGUUUUUUUUUUUUCUGAGCUAAAAACAAAACACAAUAUGAUCCACAGUGAUUGCUAAAGCUGCCUUCAAAAGAUUAGACCUCUUGAAAGAAAACUUGCAGGUUCACAGUGGUGAGAAACCACCAGUGAAGAGAAUGCCAAGUUUUAGACUUUAAAAAGACCUAUGGUGAUUCACAACCAUUCUAAACCUUACCAGUGCAGCAUUUCUAAAGUUGCUUUAAAGUCCUUGCCUGCGUAGAAAAUGAUAAUCUACUAGUGCAUUAUGCGUAAAGCUACUUUUAGGUGCUCAGCUGAUUAAAAAACACACAUGGAGACUUUAACAAUGGACGGUGUUGGCUGUCACAUGCAUGGUAUUUAAAAUUGUUAUCAAGUUCUAAUCCUUGCAAGAUGAGGAAAGCUGAAUUCAGAUGAUCUAUUUUGGAAACACAUGGGCUAAUCCAUGGAGGUGUUAAACCUUGCUAGUGCAAUGUUUCUGAUGCUUUGAUUCAGUCAUUCUAAUGCACUUGCUCAUUCACUGCUGUGUUAAAACUCACUGGUGCAGUUUGUAUGAAGCUUCUCUAAGUCAUUUUUUGGUUUAUAAUACGAUGUGGUGAUUCACAGUGAUGCUAAGCCUCUGUAGUGCAGUUCAAGAGAGCAGACCAUUUGAAGAUGCACAUGUUAAGCCACAGAGAUGUUAAAACUUUACCCUUGCAUCAUGUGUACAACUGCUUUUAGGAACUUGUCCUUCAAAAGGUACAUGCUGAUAAACAAUGAGAGUAUUGGAAAGCCUCUCUAUUGCUGUGUGUGUAUGACUGGUUUGAGGCUGUCACAUGCUGAUCCACAGCUGCUGUUCAACUCUACCAGGCCAGUAUAUUUUCUGCUUAAUGUGCUUAGAUACAGGUAUCUCCUGGCUUUAAAGUCAGCAAUAGCUAAAAUUUGAAGCUUUUUGGAGUAUGUACAUAUUGACAAAUUCUUGUAAAUUAACAUUUUUGUUCUUCGAUUAAUACUCUUGUGAUAUGGAAGCUGGAGUUGUGUCUGUGUGUGUUUGGUGGUGGGAAGGUGGAGAAUAAAAAUUGAUAGAAAGGAAGUUUUGAGAGCUGAAGGAGGCAAAUAAUAAUUUAUGUGGUCGACUUUACAAUAACCACCUGCUUUUUUGUUGUUGUUGUUGACUUUUUUCCUUGCAAUUGCUUUUCUUUUUGAAGGAUUUAAUUUCUUUUCAAUACAGAUUUUUUAAAAUUUUGUUUUGUUUCAAAAUAAAAAUAUUCAUUAAGACAUAUUCAGACAAUAAAAUGUGA